AAGUCUCCUCCACAGCUCGCAUCUUUUUCCUUGUCAUUACGUAGUAGAAACGCAUCCACUGUUCCGCCUCCGCUGAGGGAUGUUUGCAAACGGAUUCACAUUCGACCUAAGAGGAUAAUUUACGACUUUAAACUAACGGUGAAAGUAAAUAAUGGCUCCUCAACCCGGGAUCCGAUCAAGACAGACGGAAAAAACAAUAAACGGAAUCCCAACUCAAGUUGUCUGCACGGAAUUCAGCAACUACAUUUUUGUAGUUUUGACACAGUAUGGUAAAAUUGGGACACUUGUAUCCAUAACACCUGACACGAGGUCUGGUGAUAUCAGCCUACCCAUGUUCACCACCAGAGUACUGCUGGGAAAGGAUGAGCCUCUUACACACGUCUACGCCAAGAAUGUUGCAGCGUUCGUCUCACAGGAAUCAGGCAACCGACCGGUCCUGUUGGGCCUUUCACUUAAAGAUAACAGUGCUGAAACUGUGAAAACUGUUAAAGAUAUGAUCAAAGCCUGCCAAGUUUGGUAAACAGGAGGUCAAACGCACUAUUUCUGGAUGAGGACAAAUUAUGUGUCUGUGAGAAUUGUACAACGUAAAUCUUGAGUUGUCUUUUACGAAUGUCGACGUACCCAAGACACUUGUGCUGAGAAAUAUCCUGAGCACUAUUGCACACUGCUUGAAAUUUAAUGUUAAAAUUAAGGGUACUGUUGAAGGUCGCUUCUUUUUGCCUCUGUAUAAUGAAUGUCUUUCAGAUGCCCUAAGAUUAAAGUUAUAUUUUCUUACCUUCAA